UAUUAUUAUUAUUAUUAUUAUUAUUAUUAUUAUUGUUAUUGUUGCAUACAGAAGCUCGCAUAUCACAAUAGUCCAGCUGAGUGGUUUAUAUGUUCGAAAGUUUAAAAAGAACAAAGACACUAAAACUCCUCUAUUGAGAGAGACGGCGUUGGAGCCGUGGGGACCCCUGGAGUUAUAGUGCGUCAGUUUCGUCAUAUUGAAGUUUUGUGACCUCAUAUUAGAAUUUAGAACGAGAACGCGGCGAAUGACGACAGACAAACACGCGGCGGAGCGAGGCGGAAGAGAAUUGGAGACAGAGACAGCAGAGCAGGAGAGGAAGCGCCUCAUCGCUGCUGUGCGCAAUCGCGUCUUAUUUGUAUUGGUAAGGUACUUGCGGAGUCGUCGCUGGCAGGUACCUGUUGAUAUCGUUAUUGUGUGGGACCUGUGGGCUUUUUAGAACAUAACAUUUUAAGAAUUUUACAGUUUAAAAAUGAACUGGGCAUUCAAUGCACUAUAAAAGCUCAUUGGCUCUCCCACACCCCUGCACAGCUCCCGCCCCCGGGGAGCUAUGGAUUGGUCGGAGGGGAACCAAUCAACGGAAAGGGGCGGGAACUUCAGCGCCAGCAACCAAACCUGUGGCAACAUCGACGGCUUCAAAUACUCGGUCUUCUUGUCCACCUACGCCGUGAUCUGCCCAGUGGGGCUGAUCAGCAACUCGCUGGCCCUUUACGUAUUCCUCCGCCUGACUCCCAACAAGUCACCCAACACUGUCUUCACCAUCAACCUGGCUGCCUCCGACCUCUUCUUCACCCUCACUCUCCCAUACCGAAUCGUCUAUUACUCCAGGGAGGGGAGAUGGGACUUCCCAGACUGGCUCUGCCGGGUCUGCACCUUCGCCUUCUACGUCAAUCUCUACGCCAGCAUCCUCUUCCUCACAGCUCUCAGCGUCUUCCGUUACGUGGCGGUCCUGCACCCUAUGAAGACUCGAACCCUGAUCACGGUCCGGAGAGCCUUGGCCACCUCCCUGGGCAUCUGGGUCUUCGUGAGCCUCUCCUCCGCCCCUUUCCUCCUAUCCGGGACCCACGCCCGCGAGGGGAAGACCCGCUGCUUCGAGCCCAGGAACGCUGGCUCCUGGAAGAGGAUUUUGAUCAUGAACUACGUGGCGCUGGUCCUGGGCUUCCUCGUCCCGUUCCUCACCAUCCUGGCCUGCUACUGGAGGAUCGUUCAGCGGCUCACCCAGGUUGGGAGGAACCUGGGGCGUGACCGUCCCGCCCCGCAGCGCCGGCGCUCGGUCCACCUGAUCGCUUUCGUCCUGACGGCGUUCCUCUUGUGCUUCCUGCCCUAUCACGUGCAGAGGACGGUCCACCUGCAUUUCAUGGUGAGCCCCAGCCAGGACUGCGCCGGCCAGCUGCUGGCGCAGAAGCUGGUGGUGGUGACGGUCUGCCUGGCCGCGGCCAACAGCUGCCUCAACCCCCUGCUGUACUACUUCAUGGGGGGCUCCUUCCGCAGCGCGGCGGCCAGGGUGACUUACAGGAGGGGCCGGCUUCAAGGCAGGGGAGCGUCCCAGCAAUCGGAGGCCUCCUUCAGUCUGUCGUUGCGGAGAGGCAGUUACCCUCAACGGAGCUUGAGGAAGAAACCGCUCUGAUGUGGAGAAGUUUUCUUUUUUUUUUUUACAGUAGUAACAUUGCUGGUGUCUUCUUUUUUUAAUUUUUUUUAAAUCUGCCUUGCGCAUGUCUGGCGGGAGACACUGAAAGCGUCCGUGGGCAGCAGUGUGGAGUAGUGGUCAGGGGCUCUGGACUCUUGACCGGAGGGUCGUGGGUUCAAUCCCAGGUGGGGGGGACACUGCUGCUGUACCCUUGAGCAAGGUACUUUACCUAGAUUGCUCCAGUAAAAACCCAACUGUAUAAAUGGGGAAUUGUAUGUAAAAACAAUGUGAAAAAAAAUAAUGUUUUUGUAUGUAAAAAAUAAUGUGAUAUCUUGUAACAAUUGUAAGUCGCCCUGGAUAAGGACGUCUGCUAAGAAAUAAAUAAUAAAGAGCAGUUC